CAAUAGUAGUCUGCUCGGUGUGUUACACGUGGUUUCCGAAUCAAGCAUACAUUUUCCUACUGAUGUGAAGCUAUUAGCAUUAUUUAAAAUGACAAGUUUAUCACGUCAACUUAAAAAACUUGCAGCGCCCCAAACUUCUUUACUAAAACUUGACAAAAAGAAGCCUUCCCUCCUCUUUGACCCGCUAGAAGCAGCGAAUUUAGACAGAGAUGCAGUUUUCGAAAUCGGUUUGUCGGGUCUUGAAGAUCUGGAGAAACUUGACGUACGAUUUAGCGAGUUUCGCAAUUCUCUUUAUUCACUUACAUCAAAACAGUUUGAACGAUCUGUUCAUACAGUGGAAGUCAAUACGAAAAUCGAUGAAGAAAUUGAAAGAUUCCUCAUUUUGUUAUCUCCAUAUUUUACGUUAAGAAGCUCCCAAAAAGCAUUGGAAUGGCUUGUGAAUCGGUUCCAUAUUCACCAGUUCAACACAGAUGCCUUUAUCAUGUGCAUCCUACCGUUCCAUGACACAAAAAUUUUUGUGCGAGCUAUUCAACUUAUUGCAUUGAGAAACCAAUUUGGUCAAUGGGAUUGGCUCCGUCCUCUCCAAAAGCCUGGAAUUCCUCUACCAAAGAACACACUUCUCAAUUGUUGUGCAAAGGAUGUUGGACUCAUCAAACUCAUUUGUGCAAAUUUAGAUAAAGCCACAAAAAUUCAUUCAGAAAAACCAUCUGUGUUGAAUGUUUUCAUCGCAUUUUUCACCUCGACAAUCAUCGGAAUGGUGGAGCGCUCUAAUGGAGUAAGCGAAGAGCAAUUGGCUAUUCUUCUCCCAUCCAUUCUUAACGGUCUCGUCAGCAAAUUUCCUGAUCUUGUUGCUGGAUGUUACAUGAUCGUCGCACAGUUGAAUAGAAAAGCAAACCUGAGUCCACGGGUUGCAGAAGAUUUGGUUGUAUCAACAAUAAAAGGAAUGAUUCCUUCAUUGACAUUAGAAGCUGUCACGUUACUUAUUGUAUUGUGUGAUCGGCAAGAAAAGCAUACAUUUGGUGUCGCCCAAAUGCAAAAAUCCAUCAAAUCUCUCCUUUUGAGUGAGGAACUUCUUCCAUCAAUUGGCACCCUUGCAUCCUGUCACCAGGUUUCGUCAUUCAUAUCGGCAUUGAUACAGGGCUUCGUUUUGGAGCUAGGGCAGAACACUAAGAUCUUACGCUUCAAAAAAAUUCAAACUUUUUUGACAAAUAUGAUUGAAGAAGUGCGUUUCAUCGGGGAAGAUUCAACAGUUGUCGUCAAGUCUUUUAUUUACGGAUAUUUAGAAGCAAUCGAAAAGAUGGACGUAGCUUCUAAGAACAAGCUGCAAAUAGUAAUCGUUUCAAUUCUGGAUCGUCUGGAGAAACAAUAUCCUGUCGAUUUUGAGAAAGCUAUUCAUCUAUCGACGGUUGAUCAUGCCAUCAGCGUUGAACGCAAGGAAGAAAUGCGUAAAUUGCUCGGAGCGAAUUGGGAUGUGGAUCAUACCUCGCUCUUUUUGAAAUUGAAUCAUAGCUCUGCUGAAGUCAGACUAGAUGCAAUUCGAUCAGUUGUUCAAGCUGUGCAGCAGGGAAAGGUACGCAACAUGAGCUUUGCCGUGUCCAGCAUUAUUGAACGACUUACUGACACUGACGCCCUAGUUGUCAGUGAAGUACUUCGCCUUGGUGAAAACCUGUUAACUAUUCUUCCAAAUGACAGACAGUUUGCAAUAUUGCGGGCUGCCCUGGGCAGUGGUCUGCCAGGAGAUAGUGAAAUCUGGAAUCCUGUCCGGCUAAGUUUGAUCAAAUUACUUUGCAGCAAAACUUAUAUCGAUAAACUCAAUGAGGACGAGUUAGUUGAACUCUUUUUGGCUCUGCUACCUUUCCUUGUUGCUAUUGGUAAGGCGGGAUUGGAAUUAACGAUGCAAAUCGCUGUCUCCGAAUUGCAAAAACACUCUCCAAUGCUUCAAGUUCUCGCCCAAGAAAUUGGACGCCGCAAAGAAAAUGCACAAAUUGCGAAAGAAUGGAAAAAUGAUGAAAUGAUCACAUACAAUUUACAUGAAGUCAUGCGCCAGGUCAAGCCAUUUUCAAGUGAACAAUUGAACGUGAAACUUGGCGAAAGAAUCCUAGGAUGUAUUCAAGAUCCUUUAACACACCCAUCUCUUUCUGUACCGGCCAUUUUGGUUAUGGCAGCGCUUAUCCAAGGCGAAUCGAAUGCAUUAGUAGCUACCAAAAUGGCUACUCAAUUUGUUGAUGUUUUAUUUGGAAUGCUUAAAACCGCCAAGGCGAAUCCGCGUGCGGAGGACAAAGGGAAGAAUCGCAUUCGUGCGUAUCUACUUCAAGCCCGUGAAAAAGGUGUUGUUGCCCAUGAUGCUCUUCUUUAUGGAGCAAUGGAGGUGUUCCAGGGCCUUCCAAUUGAUUGUAUCAAAAUGUUUAAAAGGCAGUGGAUGACCCUGACUAACGUUGAUGAUCCCAACGAUACCAGCGUGCUGUUUUUGCUGGGUCUAUUUCGUUUCCUUGUAUUGGGACUGACUUCGAAAUCUACCACAUCGUUCCAGACAUCUCUGCAAAUCUUUUUUGACCGUAUGAAAGAAGCGGAAACGAAAUUAUUAUUUCUCAGCCUCGUAUGGAACAACCCGGAAGCUCCUGAUUCUUUGAAGAUAGUAGCUCUUAAAAUGGGUUCGUUGUACCUGGAACAAGCUGCUGCAAGAAAUACUUGGGCUAUCCAGUACAGCUCUUCUGUUGUUCCUCAACUUCUUUGCUGUUUGACAUCCACUAAUCCAGUUAUUCGUCAGCACGCGUUGGCCGUCUUCAAAGUAUUGGGGUCCUCGUUUUCAACUUCUUCGAAAACAUACGGCACUCUCAUAGUCGAUAUCCAUCAAGCUGCUGAAGAAUUAAAAAUUGACGAGGAACAAGUCAAAGUAGUCUUGGCUAGAUAUUUAUCUAAGAAGGUUGCCUCCCCUACGUCCGCAGCUUUGUUCGAAUUGCUUAUCUUAAAUGAUGUUCCAGAUUGUGUAAAACAAGGACUUCUGAAGGCUCUUGAACAAGUGAAUUCAGCAGCAAUCUUGACGCGAUUAUUGCCGUUGAUUGAGGAAUUCAUCAGUAAAACGGACGUUUCACUCUCAGCAAUCCAAUCAAAUAUCUUGACCAUGCUCUUGGAAAGGUUCUCUCCUGAGUCUGCUUCUAUAAUCACCAAACCCGAAGGCUGGAACUGUUUCCAAAAAGCACUACGUUCAUCUAAUAAUGCCAUCGUGACUGGAGAACAACUAGUUGUUCUCUCACCUCAGGAUAUCGUAAUUGAAGUCAUCACCAAAGAUUUCUUCCGAGUUCUACCCACCGAGUCCAUUAAGCUCAAAAUUUUCGAUGAGUUGUUGGAAAUCAUCAUCGAUACGGACAAGACAGUGACGGCCAGGCAGGCACGACGUGCGUUAAAAAGAAUUUCAUAUGAUGCGGCUUUGUUGAUGAAACAACUUGAAUUCAAGUCCCAGCCAAUUGAAUCGAAGGUGGAUAUUAAAGUGAGCGAAUUGAGAGGACGUCGUCAACGUCAGCAAUCACUUAAGCCGAGUCAGUGUCUUCUUUGGAACAGGAUCUUGGCCGUUUUGGAAAUGCUCCAAAUCAAAAAAGAAAUUGCCAGUAUUCAUUUACUGAUUGCCCCUCUCUUCGACUUGCUGAAGAUUUGCCUGGAUGAAGAAGAACAGGCCCCACUAGAGUAUUCAAAACAGUUGAUCCUCUCUUGUCUAUUGAGCUGUUGUCAAAAACUUCCUCAAGGAGAUAGCGUGAAACUAGCCUCGGAAUUCAACACAGGAUUGAUUGUACAAUGCAUCCGCGUCUCGAACAAUCCGCAAACACACCACCAGGCUCUACUUCUGCUAUCCCUGGCUGCUCAACUUUUCUCCAGUCACGUGUUGCACAACAUUAUGGCCAUUUUCACUUUUAUGGGCACAUCUGUUCUGCGUCAGGACGACGCUUACAGUUUCCAAGUGAUUGCCAAGACACUCGAGUCCGUCAUUCCGACGUUAAUCGAAGCUUCAAUGAAAACGGCUGUAGAACCAGUCGUGACGACCGUUAUUCAUGUUUUUGCCGAUGCUCUUCCUGAAGUGCCUGAACAUCGUAGGAUCCCCGUUUUCGACAGAUUAUUGACAACGUUAGAUCCUGAAAUUUACUUUUGGCUUGCUCCUACACUCAUCCUACCGAAUAUGGCCACACAAGGACCCCGGCUUGGGAGGGGGUUGGUUAAAGAGGAAGAGAAGGAUCGUAUCGCUCCUGAUGUCGAGUUUUCUUUGAAUGUUUGUCAUCUAUACAAGCCGCAAGUGCAACUCAAUGCCUGCACCAGGAUGAUUGAGUACUUGCAGUUGGUGCCGGUAGAGAAAGACGAAAGGCGUCGAGUGGCAAGCACGGAAAAUAAAGACAUGACGGAGGGAAGCUCACCUUUUAGUCUUGAUCUUCACAGUACCCGACAAUUGUGCCACUUUAAAUUGCUAAUGGUCAAUUUCAUAUCUACACUUUUAUCGUCUAACCGACUGGUUGAGCAACUGGUGGAGCUGGAAGAAGCAGAAAAACCUUCGCUGGAGAAGCUUUAUCAGAAAUUAGUUGAAACAGCUUUAGAAUAUACCCAAUCAAUUUCACGUCAAGUGGAUCUACCAUUGAAAGUCACUUCAGCCGAACAGGGUCCAAACCCCAAAUUUUGGCGAGCUUUGCUUCAUCGUUCUUAUGACGUCAUUGACAGAGUUAAUAGCUUGCUUCCUCGAGCCAUGUUCAUCUCAGUGGUGCACUCUUUGUUAUCGCAUUCAUUACCAUCGAUCCGACGCCGUGCCAUGGAAUUACUGAGUGCUAAACUUCAACAUCAAUCCAACUUUUUCUCUCUGCCUCUGGAUGAAUCCGUCCUGCUGGAAUUGAUUCCUUCAUUGACUGCCAUUGCUAAUGGCCAGGGAUCGAACGAGGAAGCUGCUCUUAAUCAGCAAACGGCUUUCUUUACCCUCAAAUUGUUAUGCCGUUGUUUGGGACCAUCGGCCAGCACUUCGUUCCGUCCGGUUUUGGAUGUCGUAGUUGAUACGAUUUCACCUGAAAAAUCAAGUUCAACCACCGUCUUGGCAUCGGCAUUCCUCUGCUUGGCUGAGCUUAUUCAAAACAUGGGCGUCCAAUCCCUACCACAUCUUCCACGUUACGGUGCUAACCUAGUAGCCCGUUUAGGAGACAUAUCCAGCAUCGAAAACCACGAUCUAUUAUUGCUGAGUGUAGUGACAGCCGUGUGCAAGUUGGUAGAAACGUUGCCACAAUUCCUCGUGCCCUAUCUGCCUCCCAUUCUAAAACAGAUCUGUUACCUGUCGGCCAAACAACCUGUUAAUGAGAAACCAUCGCAAUUGCAAUCACGUCUUCAGAAUAUUCGACAUUCGUUGGCAACGGCCAGCGUACCUCGUUCAUUAAUUAAUGGAGUAACACAAGUCUACGCCGAAGUGUCAAUGAUUGAAAGUGGAACAUUCGUUCCAUCGCCAUCUAUCGGCCCGUUGAUGUCCAUCCUAUCGGAAAGCUUUGCCGCCAUGAGCUCAGAAGAAUUGACUAUCCAAUUACCUGCUUUAACGAGCUUCUUCAUUAAGGCAUUAGAUGCUCGUUCGUUACUGAGCGUCCAGCAAGCAACGAUUGAGCAAAUGAAUGCGGCCGAAGAACCUGUUGUUUCUGCGUUAGUAUCUUUGGUACUGAAGCUCUCGGAAGCCAGUUUCCGUCCGUUGUUUUUCCAGCUGUACGAAUGGGCUACGAGGAUCACUGAUAUGCGCAAGGAACGUCUCGUUUCAUUUUACAACAUAACGAUGCAAAUUGCUGAAAAAUUGAAGGGCCUCUUUGUCGUCUUUGCUGGACAUUUCAUCCGGAAUGCAGCACAGGUGAUUGCGGAUACGAAUUACACGCAAAAGGGAUCGUUGCCAUUCACUGGCCCACAUGCCGAAGGCAAUACCGUGAUGCUGCUGGAAUACGUGCUGAGAUGCCUGUACCGCGUUUGUUUGCACGACAAUGAGAAUUUCAUCAACAAGGAACGAUUCGAAACAUUGAUGGAACCAUUGGUUGAUCAACUGGACAAUCAGCUUGGAAAUGAAGAUGUCGUACGACGAAGAGUCAAGGAUCUACUCGUUCCCUUGCUGGCCCAAAUGGCCGUUGCUGCUAGUGAUGACUAUCUAUGGAAGGCAUUGCAUUAUCAAUUGCUGCUGAAGACCAGGAGUAAUUCACCUCACGUCCGCUUGGGUUCGCUUAGUGCGUUGUCUGCUUUAGUUGAGAAACUAGGAGAGGAUUACCUGGCCUUAUUGCCGGAAGCUAUUCCGUUCUUGGCCGAACUGCUUGAAGACGAUGUUCACGAAGUGGAAGUAGCAGCCCAGACAACCAUUGCCAAUAUGGAAAAUAUGCUUGGCGAACCUUUGCAAAAAUAUUUCUAGACUCUUUCGUAUUUUGGUUGAAGAAAUUGUAUCGGGACUCAGCAAAAUUAAAUACUUUUUUUGUGUGUA